AUGGGGUAUUUGAAUGAUAAAGGAGUAACUUAUGAUUACUUUGAAUCUUUAGCAUUUUAAUAGAUGCUUAAAGAAAAAGGAAUAGUGUAAUUUUUGAGUUUGUUAAAAAUCUUUGGAAAAUUCUAAUUACAUGAACAUUAAUUUGAACAUCUCUCAGAUCCUAAUCUGAAAUAAGUAUAGACUAAAAUGUAAUUAUUUUGGGGUGAUGAAUUUGAAGGUCAUGUUAUAAAAUUGUAUGAUGAUUAGAAAUUAGCACUUUUGAAUCCUAAUACUAGUAAAUAUAAAUAUAGAUUAAUAUAGGUGGUUUAUUUUAAAGUUUAGGUGAAGAACAAUAAAAAAAGUUACCAUUUGUAAUAUUACCAGAAUUUGGUGCUUGGAUGAUUGAAUUAACUCCAAAUAAACCAUAUUAAUGCAUGUGUUUCAAUUUUGAUUAAGUCUUAAUAAAUAUGAGAAAAAGAAUUCAAACACUAUAAAGUUAUUUACCAUAAGGAAAUCAAUAUUUACUUAUUCCAGUUUAUCCAAUGAUGGGAGUUGGUAGAUUUACAACAACAGUUGAGAGUGAUUUAACAGCUUCUAUGAUUGAGAAGAUUAGAAGUCAAACAAGUUAUAUAGAAGGAACUCCAACUUUGUAAUAAGAUGAAAAAUAAUUCCAAAAUGAAAAAUUGAUUUAACCAGCAACACCAUAUAAAGAAUUACCAGUGGAACCUAUUUGUAAUUACUUUUCUUAAAGUAUAUACUUUGAUGAUAGAAUCAUUAAUCCACAUCCUAGAUAUUCAACUUUAGCUUAAAAUAUUAGAUUAAGAAGAGGAUCAAAAGUUGAAAUCAAAAUACCAUUGUAUAUUGAUUAAAAUACAAAAAUAGAAUAAAGUGAAUAUGAACCAAAUCCAGGGUAUUUUUAUUAUUUUAAUAUUAUUAGAUAUAUAACAAUGGAUCAUAUGGGUUUUGGAAUGGGAAAUUGUGCACUCUAAACUACUUAUUUGAGUAUUGAUAUAGAUCAUGCAAGAUUAUUAUAUGAUUAAUUAGCUGUAUUGGCUCCUUUAUUUGCAGCUUUAACUUCAGGUAGUCCAAUAUAUAAAGGAAAAUUAUCUAAUUGGGAUACUAAAUGGGAUUGUUUAGAAAUGUCAGUUGAUUGUAGAAGUGAAUAUGAAAGAAAUCCUAAACAUCCAAAUUAUAUACCUAAAUCAAGAUAUUCUUCAAUUUCAUAUUUCAUUUCUAAUGAUAAAAUGAAUUUAGAGGAAUAUAAUGAUCUUAAUUUUCCAGCUAAUGAAGAAAUUAUGUAAUUUGCUAAAUAAAAAGCAAAAGAAAUGGAAAUUCCUUUAGAUGAUAAAUUACUUAGACAUUUAGGAAUCUUAUUUUUAAGAGAUAAUAUGGUUAUGUUUAAAGAUAAAAUACAUAUUGAUGAUAAUACAGCACAUUUUGAAGCAAUCUAAUCAAGUAAUUGGAAUUCAGUAAGAUUUAAACCACCUCCUUCUUAUAAUUCAAAAAUAGGAUGGAGAGUAGAAUUUAGAACAAUGGAAAUUUAAUUGACUGCUGAAGAAAAUGCUGCAUGGUCUAUAAUGAUACUAAUGAUUGUUAGAUUGUUUUUUACAGUAAUUUAUUAAUUUUAUCUUUAGAAUUUAAUUCCAGUUAAUUUUUAUAUGCCUUUAUCUCUUGUUGAUGAAAAUAUGAGAAGAUCAAAAGAAAAAGGAGCUAUUUUAAAUUAAAAAUUCUAUUUUAGAACUAACUUUUAAGAAUAUGGUCCUGCUGUAAUAGAAGAAUUAUAUUUAAAAGAAAUAUUUUUUGGUAAAUAAGAUGGAUCUUUUAUUGGAAUAAUAGGAUUAAUUUAUUAAAAUAGAAAUAUUGUUAGUAAAUAACAAUGUGCAUAAAAGGAAGAAUAUAUAUAUUAAAAGAAUAAGAAACUUCAAGAUGAAGUAAUAGAAUUUGUGAAAAGUAAAGUUUAUGGAAAUACUAAAACACUUGCUACAUGGAUGAGAGAUUUUGUUAUAUCACAUCCAAAUUAUAAUUAAGAUUCAAUUGUUACACAUGAAAUCAAUUAUGAUCUCAUAAAAACUUUGACUUCUAUUAAAGAUAGAUAAAAAGAGGAUCCACACUUUCCAUUAAUAUUUAGUAUGUGA